UCGAGAUUUGUUUAUUUAUGCUCAUGAGGAGGGUCGAAUAUGUGAUAAAUUAAUGGUUUCUUCGUUGUUCAGUUUAGAAGACAAAAACGAGAAAAUAAAUUAUCCGAAGGCACACGGACCGUUCCAAUAUCAGAUUUCUGUUGCAGAACUAACUGACACAAUGCCAAGUGAGCAGCGACCCCUAGCGGUUACAACUGCUCAGUAACUCACAUGCAUAGGUUUACAUAUUAUUUGCAGCCACAUAAUCAGUUGUAGGCUACGCACCUUCACCAAACUAACGUAAACAUUAGCUCUUGAUAGCAUAUUCUUUUUUUUUUUUUUUUUUUUUUUUAAUUCACCACAGAUAUCAUAUUCUAAAUUAAUUUUAGUUAAUUUUUAAAAGAUACCCCCUAUUUUCUCUGUCUUGUACCUAAUUAUGCUGCCUUCACGUGCUAUCAGAAAUUUAUGCUGCCUUCACGUGCUAUCGGAAAUUUGAUAAUUUCCACUUCUGAAGUCGUGAUUACGAGCUCGAAAUGGGAGGGCGUUCAUGUGCAGUUUUUACCUAGACAACUUGUAUUUACGAUAAUUCCGACAGCAUGUGAAGGCAGCAUUAAGUCUCCUUGCUGUCAGUCAGGAGUCUUGAUCCUCCCCACAGACACGUCACUAGUCUGACAGUCUGACAGUAAGCGGAUUGAAUCUGUUCAGUCAGCGAAACUACCUAGAGAAGACACAACCAUCCAUGUUAUCAAUCAUACACCUUUAUUUAAUAGCAUAACGUUACGCUUUCCUAUUAAGCCACGAUGUUUGCUAUAUUUACUAAGAUAAAGGACCGCAUUGAGGCUUUUUUGAACGAGAAGAAUAUAGUCACUGACUGUCUUAAUAAAGUCGAAGAAAAAACAGGCAUAAAGAAACGUUACUUAGUGCUCGGUGCUGCAGGUGUGACUGGAGCAUAUUUAUUAUUUGGAUACGGUGCUUCUCUGCUCUGUAAUCUGAUUGGUUUUGUUUAUCCUGCAUAUUUCUCUAUCAAAGCCAUAGAAAGUCCUGAUAAGGAAGAUGACACACAGUGGCUGACGUAUUGGGUAAUCUAUGGCUUCUUCAGUGUGGGUGAAUUCUUCUCUGACAUAUUUCUCCACUGGUUUCCUUUCUACUAUAUAUGUAAGUGCCUGUUCCUGUUAUGGUGCAUGGCUCCGGUCUCCUGGAAUGGUUCUCAGAUUCUGUACAGGCAUGUGGUGCGGCCAUUUUUCCUGAAGCAUGAAGCCACAGUAGAUGGGAUGGUCAACGAUAUAAGCGGGAAGGCCAUGACAGCAGCUGAGAAAGCCACAAGAGAGGUCCUUCACACUCUGGUGAGAAACCGGACUAUUGGCCCAGCUGAGCCUGAAGCCAAAACACUGCCCAGUUCUGCUCCUGUAUGUCAUCAUAUAGCUAAUAAACCAACAUUUGCCAAGACACAAGUUUUUCCAUUCUUUGGUUUUCUACACAUUAAUCUAUCUCUCUAUACUGUCUCUCCUUGCAUGUCUCUGUGUGUAGACUGAACCUACUGUUGAUUAAAUGGUAAGUUUUUAGUUUGUGUUUGUGUGUGUAUGUUUUUUUUUUUUUUUUUUUUAAUAUAUGUAUGUUUGUACAUACAGAAAUACAGGUGGCCAGAGUGGUCUGAGGAGACAAAACAUGCAAGAGAUGCAGCAUCAUGUAGAAGACUUGACAUGACAGCAGUAUCAUAGUCUCAAUGUAAAGGCCUCAGAGUAAAUUGUAAUUCAUCUUCAUCUGCAUGAUUUUCAGGCACUCGUUGUCAGGAGUGCUUGGACUUAGUUUAAUAAUCUGGUAUAUUUUAUUUAUAUUUCUAAACUGUAAUUGUGCUUAACACAUUUAUGUCUGUUAUUCUUUGCUCACUGUUCAUAUAAAAAUUCUACUAAAUGUCUUUGGCAUUUACAGUAAAUGUAGCCAAUUAGAAAUGUAUACAAUUCAACAGAAAUGAUUGUAUUUACAGUAUUCUUUGUAGCAAUAAUUUAUGUUGUAUUUAUGGCAUUUGUCAGGGAUUUUGUAAUCUUAAUAUUAUUAUGAAAAAAAGUCUUCAAACUUUCAAUAAAUUUAUUUUGUGUUCUACAUUUGAAAAGACAGAAUUGUGGGAAUGAUUCUUUUCUCAUACCACCGACCUCAUCAACUUAAAACCUAAA